AUGAAGCUUCUGGGGCACAGUACCAUCCAGGCAAAGGUCGAACCAGAUAAAGUCUACCGUGGUCCAAACAUGUUUCAAUACGGUUUCGCCGAAAGAGCGCAACAAACAGUUAAUAAAAAGCAGACAAGCGAAAGUCAGAAAAAGAGUAUUAUGAAAUUGGUUAUGAAACGCAUGGAGGAAUAUUUUCGGAACUCUACCUUGCAUGGACUACGCUACGUUGGAGAUCCUCUCAUUUCGUUUGGAGAACGAUUCUUCUGGUUACUGGCGUUCUUUGUCGCCUUACUUUGUGCAACGUACUUCAUAAACAAUAUCUACAGUAAAUACAAUCGUAGUCCGAUAAUCAUUAGUUUAAAUCCAACAGCAACACCGAUUGGAUCACUUCCAUUCCCAGCAAUCACCAUUUGCAGCAUGAACCAGGCUAUUAAAAAAGAAGCGGAACAAAUCAUGCUGUCAGGGACAGACGUUGAAAAAAUGUUGCUCGACGAUUAUUGCAAUGGAAACUCUUCGUUUGGAAACUUAAGCAAUCUUAGCGAGGAAGUGGGAAAAUGGGAAAACGUGCAAAAGUUUAUUUUAAGGGUGAACCCUCCAUGCCAAGAGACAAUAAGGACUUGUUUCUGGCAACAGCAAGAGUAUGCUUGUACGGAUGUCUUUAAUAAUGGUCUUACAGACGAUGGUUUAUGUUGUACCUUUAAUGCACUUCCAAGGGAUUAUAUAUUUCGAAACCCGUAA